GAUAUGGUGUCUCACUCACUCGGCCGCCAGUCCGGCCGCCAGUGACGCUCCCACCUCAUUGCAUGCAGCACGUGUCGCAGUUAUGUUUUAUUUUUUAACUGCUUAUUUUAAUAUCUGAGUAGUUUGUUAACUGCAUACGAUGGAUAAUUUCGAUACAGAAAGGUUUAUUAUCGAAAUUCAAAGUAGACCAUCAAUUUGGGAUAUUUCCUCGUCAGAUUAUUCCGAUAGAGAUUUGAAAAAGAAAUGUUGGGAGGAAGUUGUAGAUUUAUUUGGAGAACAGGAGCAAACCGUUGAACAAAAAAAGAGCUUUGGGUUAGUGUUGCAAAAAAGGUGGAAAAGCAUCAGAUCAUGCUAUGCGCGGGAAGUCAAACGCCAAAGAAAUGUUAAGUCCGGGUCUGGAGCCACUAACCGCAAAAGCGAAUAUAUAUAUUUUAAGCAGUUACAGUUUCUACAAAAAGUAGUAGCUAUCAGAGAAGAAGGUGAAGAAGAAAAAAAUUCGGAGAGCACUGAAGUAGGCGAGCGACCAAAAAAAGUUACAAACAAACGUAAACUAGCAGUAGACGAUGAUCCUUUUAUUCAAGCAUUAAAUAAUUCAAUUGAGCAAAGACGCCGUGAGACAACAGAACAGAGACUACGCGAGACAGCUGAGGUUGACGAAGAUCGGCUAUUUUUGCUUUCAUUGUUGAGCACAUUAAAAAAUCUACCUCCUCAAAUUAAAAUGGCUACCAAAAUAAAGACGCUAACUUUGUUGAACGAUGCGUCAGGUUUUUCUGGUAACAGGACGUUUGAUUAUACUGGUCCGUCUUUUCGGAAUUCUCCAGAAAUUAAUCCAGGUGGCAGGAUGAUGAGUCAUGACACCUACCAUCCUGGUUAUUCGACGCAACGGCAAGUGAUUGCUACUGAGUAUCCUGGACCAAGUUAA